GGUACGCUUUUUAAAAAUUUAUUUAUUAUUUUUUGCUUGUUUGUUCUGCGGAUGCGCAUUUAAGGAGGCGCGACACUUUUGAUCCCAUUAGAAUCCUCCAACGUGCAUGUUCACCUCCCUCUCUCUCCGUGUAGCGGCGCAGGAGUGGCCAAAGCCAAAAGCAGCGAUUCAGAUCAGAUUUCAAAUCGAGAAAAAGAGAAAGAGAGAGAGAGAGAGAGAGAGAGAGAGAGAGAGAGCGAGCGUGUGCAUGAGACAGUCAGUCAAUCUCCCUCCUCCCAAAUCCCGAAAAGAUCACCGAGGAGGCGCGGCGAGAGGAAUCCAGAGGAAUUUAGCGCGGAUAUUCCCUUCCUUUUUUUCCCCCUCCACCAGCCGUCGUUCUCCCUUGCUAUUCCUCUUCCUCAUCGCCCCUUCCUCCCCUGCUUACCAAAAAGAAACAUUUAAAAAAAAGAGAGAAACGAGAUUGAAAAGUUGGAGGCGAGGCAGCAAGGACCGUGGCCGAGGAUGGACGAUCAGCCUCGCUUGAUGCACUCUCACGGGGUAGGCAUGGCCGGACACCCCGGCUUGGCGCAGCAUUUGCCGGAUGGCACCGCGGGGACGGACGGCGAGGGGAGGAAACAGGACAUCGGAGACAUUUUACAGCAAAUCAUGACCAUCACCGACCAGAGCCUGGACGAAGCGCAAGCAAGGAAACAUGCGUUGAACUGUCACAGAAUGAAACCUGCUCUCUUCAACGUCUUGUGUGAAAUUAAGGAGAAAACAGUGCUCAGUAUUCGCGGCGCCCAGGAGGAGGAACCUCCCGAUCCUCAGCUGAUGCGCCUGGACAACAUGUUGCUGGCCGAAGGCGUCGCCGGACCUGAGAAAGGCGGCGGGUCGGCAGCUGCUGCGGCGGCGGCGGCGGCCACGGGGGGCAUCGGCGCCGACAACUCGGCGGAACACUCCGACUACCGGGCCAAGCUGACGCAGAUCCGACAGAUUUACCACACGGAGCUGGAGAAGUAUGAGCAGGCGUGCAACGAGUUCACCACCCACGUGAUGAACCUGCUGCGGGAGCAGUCUCGGACGCGACCCAUCUCGCCUAAAGAGAUCGAGCGCAUGGUCAGCAUCAUCCACCGCAAGUUCAGCUCCAUUCAGAUGCAGCUCAAGCAGAGCACCUGCGAGGCCGUCAUGAUCCUGCGCUCGCGAUUCCUCGACGCCAGGCGAAAGAGGAGGAACUUCAACAAACAGGCGACAGAGAUUCUAAACGAGUACUUUUACUCCCAUCUCAGUAAUCCUUAUCCAAGUGAAGAGGCCAAAGAAGAGUUGGCCAAGAAAUGCAGCAUCACAGUGUCACAGGUCUCCAACUGGUUUGGAAACAAGAGAAUCCGCUACAAGAAAAACAUCGGCAAGUUCCAGGAGGAGGCCAACAUGUACGCGGCGAGGACCGCCGUCAAUGCCACCAGUGUGUCUGCGCACGGCAGCCAGGCCAACUCCCCGUCGACUCCCAAUUCAGCAGGUUCUGCUGGUUCCUUUAACAUGUCAAACUCCGGAGACUUGUUCAUGAGUGUGCAGUCCCUCAAUGGGGACUCGUACCAAGGGGGGCAGGUUGGGGCCAACAUACAAUCCCAGGUGGAUACCCUUCGCCAUGUUAUCAGCCAGACCGGCGGAUACAGUGACAGCCUCGCUGCCAGCCAGAUGUACAGUCCACAGGGCAUCAACACGAACGGCGGCUGGCAAGAUGCUCCGACCCCUUCAUCAGUGACAUCACCCACGGAAGGACCCGGAAGCGUUCAUUCGGACACCUCCAACUGAAUCCGUCCACCCUACCGCCGUCACCUUGUAUAAAAUGCAGAACUGACCUUCACAGUAUUAAAAACAAAGGAGUUCACGGUACAGAUGUACCGUGGAAAAGUUGAAACGAGAAAAACAAAACAAAACAACAACAACAGUAUUUCCUCUGCUUGUAACCUCGGACAUUUGGGAUACAAACAAUGAAAUUCUAAAGAAUUCAGCGGAGAGGUUUGUACAGCGUUCACACACGUUCUCUUCUAUUCGAUUCCGAGGGCUGGGCUUGCUUCUGAUUCAACUGUUUCCAUCGCCAGUGCAGGGAACGCUAAAUUAAACAAACCUGAGCGUCGGUUGCUUUUAGUCAUCAUUCUACCUCUCAGCCACUCCAAGAAGAAAUUAGAAAAAAACGUCAGUGACCGGGAUAUGUUUUGUAAAAAGUUGUCUUUGCGAGCAAGAGGCACAUCUUCUUACGUAUUCUACAUUUUGUUGUCUCUCAUCUAUUCUAUUCUAUGGUACGCCAUUUUAGACUAAUAUUGCUCAGUUGUUUACAAUGUGUGCUUGAUCCAAGUAUGUCCGUCCUCCUCGACCCCCCCCCCCUUACCCCCCAACUGUGUCGCCGGCGUCUUUGAACCCAGUUUAUGUCGGGACAUGUCCACCUCUAAGGUAACCCUGUGAAGUAUGUUAUCUGUAAAACAAUAAAGAAAUACUUGUCAUCACA